AUGUUUUGACACAUCGCUAAUAUUGGCUACAUAGUGGUUGGCAAAUUUACAGGCGCUACUUAAAAAAACAUUUACGUAUGAGAUUAACUACAAAAAGCCUCAACAAAUUAAUGCUUUGUACUUUAACUAUUUACAAUAUAAAUAUAAGUGAAAAGAUUAGUGUAUAAUUUGCACUCAUAAAAAACGGACUAUUUUGGUUUUUAUUCAUUCACGUUGGAGAAAUGGGAGAUGAUUUCCUGGGCAAAGCCGUUUCCAUAGAAUGUGAUCCUAAACUCGGUGUUUUUCAGGGAGUAAUUAAAAAUAUAUCUGAAUCCGAGAUAACGAUCAUUCGGGCUUUUCGCAAUGGUAUACCGUUAAAGAAGCAGGAUGCUGAAGUGACUUUACGGUCGACAGAUAUUCUUAAUAUUUAUGUGAUACCGUCCUUUAAUGGACAAAAUUCUGUCGUCUCAACCGACAUAAAGAAACCGACAAUUGUCAAACAGCCAAGCUUUGCAAAUGCGGGGAAAAACGCAUUGGCCUUAUCUCACAAUAAAGAUGUCUUCGAAAAAGAUCACUCAUCCUCAUUACCUAAUAGCACUUUCCCAAAAGCAGAAGAUAGCAUAGGUGAACUCACAAAUAAGAUAUCGAAUGUAAAGGUAGAUUCCAGCAAGUAUAGAAGUGCUCAAAAUUUGGAGAGUAGAGUAUUUGAAAGUGGUAAAGUGCCUUGCAAUACUACUGUUAAGGAAUUUUUCGGAAACCUGCUUCCGCCCAAGGUAGAAGCUCGACUGGGGAGCACCCAAUUUCCACCAUCUCCUAAAUCGAUGAAUGUCUAUGAUGUUGACAACUUUGAUAUUACGAGUACGAUGUGUGAUCAACCUUCAACAUCUUCCAAACCUAUUGAUAUAAAAGUUAAGAGGAAUACCUAUGGAAUAAGUGUUUUCCCAACCGCACCAGAUAUUCCUGGUUGCGGAAACGGGAAUGGAAAUGGCAAACUGCGUUACGUUAAUAAUGGCUCUAGUAUCAAUGGAAGCGGUCGCAAACAACGAAAACAGUUACGUAAAGAUGGUAACAUGAAAUACAGCCAAACGUUUAGCACUUCGGUCGAUGAUCCCUUGUUACACGAAGAUUUCGAUUUUGAAGGAAAUUUAGCUCUCUUUAAUAAGCAAGCAAUUUGGGAUACAAUUGAAGCGGAACAGAAACCGGAUUUGGUACGUCAAACUUCCGGUGCAAUGAAAAAAUACCGACACGAUGAGAAUAUAUUGGUCAGUGAACCUGUAAGGCUGCGGCAAAUUGAAAACAUUUUUGAUGGAUCUACGGAUUUCGUUACCGAUGAAGGACUAAUAAUACCAACCAUCCCCUCUUUUGUACGUGAAAAAAUUGAAAGCCUAGCGGAAAAAAAAGGUCUUUCUUUGCCAAGACAGUUGGAUAUUCUAACAAGGGGAGUUACAGAUCUUGCCAUAUUGUUAUUAGGAGGCGCUAGAAGACUUACACCCACUAAUUACCAUCAAUGGCCAAUCAUUGUUAUUAUAUGUGCGAAAUCGGGAGAUUUGAGAAAUAGUAAUAUUGGCGCCGCUACUGGGCGUCAAAUGGCAUCGCAUGGGUUAAAGGUGAUACUUUAUCUUGACGAAGAAAAUCUGGAUACUAAAAGCAAAGAGAUUGCUCUUUUCAGUGCUACGGACAAUGCCAUUGUAUAUUCUGUUGAUGAACUGCCUUCGCCAGAUCUAGUAAUUUUAUCAACUAAUUCAAAUACUUUAACGAGCAAUAUAAGGAAAUGGUUAGGUGAGAAUAGAGCGUCAGUUCUUGCAGUUGACCCGCCACCGGAUGGGAUUAAAGAUGUUUGCAUUAAAUAUGCAAUUUUACCAAUAUUACCAUUAAAUGGCAUUUCAUCCAACAACUACGGAAAAUUAUAUUUAUGUAACUUAGGUAUACCGGAUACAUUUUAUCGUGAUGCUGGAAUUAAAUACAAAAGUCCGUUCGGUCACAAGUUUGUGAUACCAAUCCACUUAAAGGAAUGAAAUAGGCGACAUAAUGAAAGAGAAUGUUCAAACUAAUGUUUACGUAUGCAAAUCAGUUUUUAUCAUGGGAUGGGUUUUUCAAUUGCACAACUAAAAAAUAAAAAGAUUUGUAUUAUAUCCCGAGAUAACCCAUUUGACCACUGUAAAAAUUGGAUGGUAUUCCGUUACUCAUCAUUAGGAAAUUAAUUCAUUUAUUUCAUUUUUAUUUUCAACAUGUGGGGGCAAACGUAAAUU